AUGGAAAAUUUUGAUUUUGUUACCGUUAACGUCUUCUCAGACAUUGAUAGCAUGGUGAAGAUGUUCACCGUGCCCUCUCCUAAGCUUAGUACCAAAGAUGACCCUUCUUUGUGGUUGGCUUUGCUUGUAACGCACACUCGCGAUCCUUUUAUUGGGAAGGUCGAACAGUCGUUGCAGGCAUCGAACUGGCAGUGCUGGACGUGUAAACCGGACGAGGAGCAGUUCAUGGAGUCUUUGCUCACGUUGAUGCCGUCCGUCCUUCUCGUUGAUCUCCGCGGCAGAAAAACCAAGGAGCAGUGGAACAAACUGAAGCUGUCGUUGCUGGAGCGGCGCGGUUUGCGUUACCAGCAGUACCACAGGUUAUGCAAUGCCUUGUCAAUUGCCCUGGACCACUGCGAAAGCGCGAUCGAGAUCUGCGAUCAUGAAAACCACGUUUUGUUUGUUAAUAACGCCUAUGAGCAGCUGACCGGUUGCAGUCGCAAGGAAGUGCUGGGCACAGAGUCGAGCGAUCUCAGGAGAAAGUCUCUGCCAAAGAAUAAAUUGAAGCUCACCAAUCAGGAUUCAAAAUCAAGCGCCUCUGAGUGGAAAUUCGUCCCUGCCGAUCAGCACUUAGAAAAUUACCUGCUGGGGUUGUUUUCCCACAAAAUAUUUCUGAAGAGGGUAGAAAUGGACAUGAAAAGUAUGAAGGUGCAGUCCGAUUUCAGACUUCCGCCGAUCACGAUUCUUAAAAAGUUAGUGGAAGCACCGCUGUCACAGUCAAACAUACUGAAGGUGGUCGAUUUACUGCAAAAUGUACAAAAAACGUCUACGUUGGACGAGGAGGUGCAAAACACGAUACAAAAAAUAGUGAAGAUUCUGAAGUCGACAGAGUUGUACAGCCCUUUGAUUCCUCGGUUCAGCUACGAAGAUAAAAUUGCCUCAGACCUUUUCAGCGGCUUAGUAAUGAACGGACCUCAGAAAAUAUCAGCUAAUCAGCGGCGAACGUCACUUUACGAAGUUAUGCAGAACGAAAAAAAGAAGUCCAGCGAGUCUCAUGUUCUUGAUGCCGACGUGCGAACCGACUUAAAAUCUUUGGAAUGGAACUUUGAUGUAUUUACCUUGGAGAAGCUGACAAUGAAAAGGUAUGGCACCAAUUUUAAAUACAACAAAUAUAAAUGCUUAAAUGUUCGUCGCAGGCCGCUUGCCACGUUGGUGAUGGAAAUAUUUCAGCAAUGGAAUGUGCAUGAGUUCCUGGAUUGCAGCCUUUCGUGUCUGGACAGGUGGAUUCAAGCCAUCGAAGCUAAUUACCACGCUGAGAAUCCGUACCACAAUUCGACGCACGCUGCAGAUGUGCUUCAGGCAACGGCAUACUUCCUCUCCACGCCUUUUUUAUCGAACAUAAUUGAACACUCAGAUGCGGUCGCUUCACUGCUGGCCGCCGCAAUCCAUGACGUCGAUCAUCCAGGUAAAACAAGUACUUUCCUCAUCAACACGAAUCACCCGCUGGCCUUGAUGUAUAACGACCUAUCUGUCCUGGAAAAUCAUCAUGUCGCAUUUGCGUUCAAUCUUACCUUGACCAACACGGACCUCAACAUAUUCAGUCAACUGAGCAGGGACGCGUACAUAUCGCUGCGCAAACGUAUCGUGGACAUGGUGCUGGCAACUGAUAUGAUGAAGCAUUUCGAGUACUUGUCGAAGUUCAAGCAAACGGUCUUGGAGUCUGGCGUAUUUUAUAACUACAACAUUUCUAGUUUUUUUCAGGAGAUGUCUUCAAGAGCCGAAGCCUCGUCGAAGCUGCUGAACUCUGUUGACCCAAGAAGAACCGUAUGUCAAAUGCUGAUCAAAGUUGCCGAUGUAAGCAAUCCGAUCAGGCCGUGGAAGUUCUGCAAAAAGUGGGCAUACCGAAUUGUUGAAGAGUAUUGCAAUCAGACUGAUGAAGAACGGGCCAAAAGCCUUCCUUUGACAAUGGAAGUUUUCGACCGGAACACGUGCAAUAUUCCACUGACGCAAUGCAGGUUUACCGAUAUGUUCAUAAGAGAAAUGAUGGAACUGUGGUGUCGUAAGAACCGUUUUCUCUCAUCACAGACCAUGGAAAUUGUACGGGCGUUUUAG